GUGUUGUAGCAAGUCGGAUCGCGUAACUGGCAUUCGGCGAAGGUGGCGUUCAUGCAUUCACUUGGAGGUGUUGCUUUGAACGUUUUGGUUGGCUAGGGCCAAAAUUGGUUUGUCCCGCACUUUUCGCCGCGGUUUCAAGAUCAGUACCAUAUUUCCUCCCGGCGUAUCCUAUCUUCCUUAAAACUACUGCUGGACAGUAUGGGUCGCAAGGGGAAGAUCGAGCAGCGGAAUGACACUGCUGCGUACAAUGCUUCGCAGGCACUCUUUACCGAGCUUCGCAUCGCCACGGUGCAAGUCGGAAAUCAAAAGUCAGAAAUAGCGAAGGCGAAGGAAAUUGUCCAAACACUGCACAUCAAAAUAGUAGACCCGACCAAUCCUGAGAAUGUCCAGAAGCAUCAAGACUACAAGGACUAUGCGGUCAAGGCCUGGAGGCUCGCCACCGACACCUACGUCAACGUCUUCCGCGAGCUUGAGAAGGUCACCGCCGCUGACCCUUCGGAAGGCCGCGAAGCUGAUGUGGCGCACAACUACUUCAAGCACAUCGCGGAGACGGCUGCUGCAGCGAGGAAAGCUGCAUUCAACUAUCCGGUCCAAGCGCGCGAGCCAGAGCCGAUCAACAAGCCAAGCAAGCGUAAGAGGGAAUCAAUGACCAGUGAUGCGGCUACUCCUUCGCAACCGCGCCCAGCGAAGAGAGCGAGAAGCAACACGGUCGCCACGGCUUCGCCAGCGGGAGCUGCCGAGACCGCGAGCAGUGUACCAGCAGCUCAGGCACACGACCACCACGAGAACAUAGCCCCAUCUGGAGACGCUGCACUUGGUGCGGAAGCUGACAAAGAGCAAGACAAAACUAUUACGACUACUUCCGUGGGAAACUCAGCGAAGUCGAAAGGGAAGCGCAAGCAACCUGUGGAUGAAGGCGAAUCCGCUCCACAAACCAAGCCCGAGAAGGUCAUCCGACUGUCUGAGAAGAUCAAGUACGAUGACAAGGGUCACAAGAUUCUGUGGGAGAAGGGCGCGAAGGAACCGCUCGUGCCACGGUCAACGAUGGAUCGCUCCAACAGGAAAGCAUGGGAUGCGGAGAAGGCUCGGCAGAAGCGCGAGAAGAACAGGAUGAAGAAGGGAGAAAGUAAAGUCGACGGGGUAUACGGAGCUGCUGUCGCCGAGGACAGUGGUGUAGAGGCUACUAAGGAGUAUACGAGGGCUGCUUUCGGGCAGCAGGACUACAUUGCAUUGGAUGCUGGCACUGGCGUGCGGCAGAACGGCGUUGCGUAUGAAGACGUCUCUGAAGAGGUGACUGCACGGCUGAAGGCGAAGGAGGAGAAGAGGUCGAAAAAGGAUGGGAAGAAGCGCAAGCGGGACAGCGGCGAGGUGAUGAGCGUCGCAAAUCUGGAGCCUGUAGUAGUCCAAGAGGAAAAGCCAAGCAGCAAAAGGUUUAAGGACUGAGGACACCGUGGUCACGAGCCACCUGGAUGCCGCGACGGAGAACGUGGGCAAACGCAAGAAACACGAAGCUGCUGAAGCAGAAGCGGGCAUCAGCCAGAAGAAGCGCAAGAACGCAUGAGCGUUCGCUGCCGUAUCAAUCGCAUCUGGUUGGGCAAACAGCAGCUUAUCGAGGUCGCUACCGGCUGGGAUCGUAGUAAGGCUGAAGGUGUGGCAGCACCUCUAUCCGACCUGUCAGUGGAACCGACGGAGUCU